AUGACCUUGAUGGAGAUGCCAAUGCUAAAAUCAGACAAGCCUGCCACAUAUUUGGACCCAAGCCUCCUUGAUCUACCAAUUUAUGUGGACGAUGUCAAUGCUAAACUUCAGUGCCGCAUGGGCAGUGCUUGGCCCAAAGGGCUGAAUCUCGGUAAGAAUAAAUUCAGAGGUAUGAUCCCCCAAGAGAUUGGUCAUCUGAAAGCACUCACUUACCUAAACUUGAGUUUCAACAACUUUUAUGGAGAGAUCCCACAAUCAAUCUGCAAGCUCACGAACCUCCAGGGGCUAGAUUUGUCUAAUAACCACCUCACUGGUGCAAUCCCUGUGCCGUUGGAUAAUCUUCACUUCCUUUCGCGAUUCAAUGUUUCUGACAACGACCUAGAAGGAUCUAUUCCAACAGAAGGGCAGCUAAGCACGUUUCAGGCUUCUAGUUUUGACGGGAACCCAAAGCUGUGCGGCUCGGUGCUUAUUAACCAUUGCAGUUCAGUUGAAGCAGCUCCCGUCUCCAUCAUCUCUCCGAGUCGUGGAUCGACGGAUUGUAUGAGCUACACCGGUCGCCAGUCGCCGGUUCGCCAGCUUCCGCGGCUUGCUAUACCAGCCCACGGGGCCAACUUGUGCAGCCGGCAGACCAUGGGGCCAACUUGA